AUGGUGGCAGCAGACAUGUAAACAAACAAGAACAUUCAAGAUAUGGACGCCACACGAUUCACUUACUUUUGACUUUUGGCUAGGGCCUAGGCCUGUUUUUGCAAGCAAUGCUUUCAUCAUCUGCAUCGGACGUAGAAUGUCCAAUUUGCGGUAUUUCUGUUAAUUGUAAUUUUAUUAAUGCUCACGUAGAUAUCUGCUUGAAGUCAGGCAAGGCUGAAGAGCUACCUCCUCCUCCUUCGAAUCAAAAAGGUUCCCUGGAUGAAACCCCACUCUGCAGCCCUAACACUACCACCAUCAGCAGUACUAAGGCUACUGUCAGGUCUAGUGAUGAUGGAACAACGGUUCACCCUCCAGCCUCAAAGAAACUUAGAGUGGAAGGAAAAUCAGAGCAUUUGGCGAAUCAAUGGCAGUCAAUAUUUCGUCAACCACAAAAUAAAAAUCAGGCAUCGUCAGUAUCACCUCACAGAACUGCAAAGUCACAAAAAACUGCUCAACUCAAAGAGCAGACUUCUUCAAUAAAAGACAUGUCAGUAUCAUCUAUUGAAAGUUUUACUCCCAAUGUUACAGACUCAUCAAAGUCAGACUGUAGGCUAAAUGUUCAGUCAACCUCCUCUGUCGAUUCAAAACAGAAAGCAAAUCAGUCUGUGCCACUAGCGGAAAGGAUGCGGCCCGUCGACUUCGGAGAGUACAUCGGGCAACAUCAAGCAAUUGGUAGACAUUCGGCCCUGCGUACGUUAUUAGAAACCGAUCAAGUGCCAUCUUGUAUAUUGUGGGGACCCCCUGGCUGUGGCAAGACUUCAUUGGCCCAUGUCAUUGCAAGCAAAACAAAGAAAAGUGGAAGUACAAGAUUUGUAAAGUUGUCUGCAACUACUAGCAACUUGAGUGAAGUAAAAAAUGCUGUAACAGCUGCAAAAAAUGAACUGAAAAUGUUCAAGAGGAAGACCAUACUGUUCAUUGAUGAGAUUCAUAGGUUUAACAAGUUACAACAGGAUGCCUUUCUACCCCACGUUGAGAAUGGAACAAUUACUCUGAUUGGAGCAACAACAGAGAACCCCUCUUUCAGAGUUAACUCAGCACUACUGAGUCGUUGCCGUGUUGUUGUCUUAGACAAGCUGCCUAUACAACAUUUAGAAAAGAUACUAGAACGAGGAGCAAAUGAACUUGAAAUAACCAUUCUGAAAGAAGAUGAAAGUGCACCACUUCUCUCUAUUUCAAAUAGGUCAAACCAAGGGUUUAUAACUCAACAAGCAUUAACAGCAAUUGGUCUUUAUUGCGAUGGUGAUGCUCGCACCGCACUCAAUACGCUAGAGCUUAUUGUUCAAGCUCAUGAAUCAAACAUUAAAUCAGAGACCGUCAAGGACAGUAACGAUGACCAAUCAUCUGUAUCAGUGAUAGAUAUGACAAAGGUCAAAGAUGUACUGCAGAGGUCUCAUGUAAUAUACGAUCGUACAGGUGAUGAGCAUUUUAAUUGUAUUUCUGCCCUCAUCAAAUCAAUGAGGGGAUCAGAUGCAAAUGCUGCCCUCUACUGGCUUGGCAGAAUGAUGCUCGGUGGGGAAGACCCGUUAUUUGUUGCUAGAAGACUGGUAGCAUUUGCUAGCGAAGAUGUUGGUUUGGCAGAUGCUCAAGCACUCCCAUUGGCUGUCGCGACGUACACUGCUUGCCAUUAUAAUGGUAUGCCCGAAUGCCAGGUCAACCUGUCCCAUUGUGUGGUGUACCUCGCGAGGGCGCCAAAGUCAACUGAAUCAUAUGCAGCAUAUAACAGGGUCAAAGAUCACAUACAAAAUUACGAAGGUGGCUUGCCUGGUGUUCCAAUCCACCUUCGUAACGCUUCAACAAAGUUGAUGAAGGAUUUGGGAUAUGGGAAGGGCUACAACUAUCGUGCUGGACCUGGUGAACAGAGCUAUCUUCCUGAAGAAAUAGCCAAAGUUAAUUUUUUCAAAGACAUUAAGCGAUAAAAGAUUGCAUUCAAGAUUAUAUAUUUUCUGUGCCUAGGGGGUCUUAGAUGGAUGAAUGCUUGUGAAGCAUUGAAAUUAUAAAGUAAAUAAAUAUAUUUUAGUUCUUAGACUUUUAACAACUUGAAAUUUAAUUUCAAAUGUAGAUUUUUGAUUAAAACUGUGUAACAGAUUCAA